AUGCCCAGCAGCAUCCAUGACGGUGUUAACAGCGGUGUCAAGGACAUCUUGGCACCAUCUUUCAAGGCUUUAGGGCAGAAGUCUGGCCUCCGCAAGGUGUUCUACGUCUACGAUGAGUAUACGGCGAAUAAGGGGCUACGUAGUGAUGCCGAAUACCUCAUGUAUAUGGGAUCUGCCCUACGUCCCAUUGUAUGCCAGGAAAUUUGUGUGUGUCAAACCCUUCCAAAUGCCGCAAGAAAGUGCGGCUGUAUGGUCACGCAGGGCGACACUCCCAUCCUAGGCUACAUCAUUGGCAUUGUGAACGAGAAUCGCCAUCAGCGCAACUCCAAACCCAGCCCAGAGGGAGUGGGGCUCAUGGGCCUGCCGCACCUGGAACAGGGGCCCAGUGGGAAGGGAAAGAGGACAGAUCCGCUGGACACGCCCAUCAGUGACGUGAUGAACGGUGGGGUAGCUGUUGCACCACCUGGCAAGACAUCGGCUGCCGUCUCUUUCAACGGCGUUACGAUGCAUGGUGACACGUCUGUCACCAUCAUCCUGUACCGUCCCCUUCAGUAUCACACAUUGGAAGAAGCUGUGACGAGUCAUUUGACAUCUGCGGAGAUCAUUAAGCGUUGCACAGCGUAUAUGAAAGUAAAGAUUGUCAUGGACAGGGAAUCUGUGGACAAUUUCUACACAGAAGUCCUCGAGGUACUGCAUUCAGCCUGGGACAUCAGGAAAAACCCUUUUUUGCCCAAGCAAACGCCCAUGUUUCAAAGCACCAAUAAGCAGACUUUGAUUCUUUCUUAA